UUUAGAGAAGCACAAAUCAAUCAACGAGCCGUCGUCGUCGCUUUACAUAUAAACAAUCCUUACCCAUCGAACAAGAAUUCUCUGAUUAUACGUUUCAAGAGUCGAUCGAGGGAUCGAGAUUGAGAUUACAUUUGAGAGCGAUGCCGGGUUUAACAUGUAACGCGUGUAACAUGGAGUUCAAGGACGAAGAAGAGCGUAACCUUCAUUAUAAGUCUGAUUGGCACCGCUACAAUCUCAAGCGCAAGGUGGCUGGAGUUCCUGGAGUUACAGAAGCUUUGUUUGAGGCUAGACAAUCUGCUCUUGAUCUGGAGAAAAAUAAAUCUAAUGAAGCACCUAUGCUUUAUAGUUGUGCAAUCUGUGGUAAAGGUUACAGGAGUUCCAAGGCUCACGAGCAGCAUCUUCAGUCUCGGAGCCAUGUUUUGCGGGUUUCACAAGGGACAACAACCAAUGGUGAGGAGGAUGUUGCCAUAAUCAGGCCACUUCCUCGUCGUGUUCAACACAGGGGUUCCAUUGAUGAUGAUAGUGACGCUGAAUGGGUGGAGGUUGAUUCAGAUGAGGAAUUGGCUGCUGAAGAAGCUUCUGAUUCUUUGUCUAAGUUGAAUGUUAAUGAGUCAGGAUCUGCUGAGGAUAUGGAUGAUGAUCAGGCAGACAAGUACGACCUGGAUCCUACCUGUUGUUUGAUGUGUGACAAAAAACAUAAGACCUUAGAGAGCUGUAUGGUUCACAUGCAUAAGCACCAUGGUUUUUUCAUUCCUGAUGUUGAGUAUCUGAAGGAUCCCCAAGGGCUUCUCACCUACCUUGGUCUUAAGGUCAAGAGAGACUUCAUGUGUCUCUACUGCAAUGAGCUAUGCCGUCCAUUCAGCAGCUUAGAAGCUGUAAGGAAGCAUAUGGAAGCAAAGAGUCAUUGCAAGUUGCAUUAUGGUGAUGGUGAUGAAGAUGAGGAUGCUGAACUAGAAGAGUUCUAUGACUACAGCAGCAGCUAUGUUGAUGAAGCUGGAAAGCAGAUUGUUGUAUCUGGUGAAACAGACAACACUGUAGAACUUGUUGGUGGUUCUGAGCUCGUGAUCACAGAGAAAUCUGAGAACGCAACAACGUCUAAAACUCUCGGGUCUCGUGAAUUCAUACGUUACUACAGACAGAAGCCACCCCCAACUUCUCAAAACAGCAACCAGAUAAUUGCCUCUUUAUCUUCAAGGUACAAGAGCCUGGGUCUGAAGACAGCACCAACAAAAGAGGAGACAUUGAGGAUGAAAGUGCGCAAGCAGAUGAGCCAGAGAGGCGAGACAAUGCGUACCAAGAUCGGAGUGAAGAGUAAUGUCAUAAGGAACUUGCCCAAUAAUGUCCCAUAUUAGUUUCUGAGUUUGUGUCACUUAUUCUCUAGUGUUGGAUUUUAUGAGGAGUCCAUGUACUUUGACCAAGUUGUGUACUUUGACCAAGUUGUGUACUUGGCAAUAAGAGUAAGCUUUAAACAAA